UCUCCCUCCCCCCUUUUAGCCUCUCUCUGACUCCCCUCCUCUCUCUCUCUUUCUCUCUCGUCAUUUUCUGCCCUCGUUUCCGCGGGUGAAAGUCCCGCGGGAGGCAGGCGCUCAGCUCCGCGGGAGAGCCGACGGGAUGAAGGAGAGGAAAAUGGCACUGACAGCUUUGUAGGUGGGAGACCAAAGUGGAGAAGACUGCAGGGAGGAAUAAGAAGCGUUUUUAAAAAGCGAGCAAAACAAAAAAGCAAGAGGGGGGCGGGAAAGGCAAGAGGCUAAAGGGAGGACAGGAGCUUGCUUGCAAGAGGAAAGAAAAGCAACAGUAGGUCGUGACGUGUCGCCAUGACAACAGAGGCAGGCUCGGAGACAGAGGUGAAGGAGAAGGCGGAGAAAUCAGCCGCCCGGCUCAGCCAAUCGGAGAAGGACACCAGCGAGAGUCAGGAAGUGGCCGCCACCGAGGGAGAGGCGGAGAGGCAGAAGGAGAAAGAGGGCAAGGGGAUAUCGCGCUACCUUCCCACAUGGUUUAAGAAGCAGAAAUCUCAAAGCCAGACCUCCCCGACCAAGGAGGUGCCGUCUCCAGAGGAGGCAAGCAACAAGGAGGAGGUCCCAGAAGUGAAUGGGCACCCAGAGGAAGUGGAAGAGAACGAGGCGCUCAGUAGUCCGGUCCAGGAGCAAGUAGAAGAAAAGGAAGCCGAGUACCAUUCCAACGCCAGCGCAGACACAGAGCCUGCCUUGGAAACGAAAGUCGAGGAGAAAAGCGCAGAGGGCGUCAAAGUUGCAGGUGAGGGCGGAGCCCAAGAGGAGCAGCCUCAGGAGGCGGAGGUGAAGGAGCGAGCGGAGGGAACCGAGGGCCAGACCUCCAUUUUCCAGUCGCCGCUUCGUUUGGUGAGGAAGAGCAGGAUGAAGCUGGUGGUGUGUCACGUUACCCUCCUGGACGGCUCGGACUUCACCUGCGAGGUGGAGAAACGAGCCAAGGGUCUAUUCCUGUUCUUCAGGGUGUGCGAGCACCUCAAUCUGCUGGAGAAGGACUAUUUUGGUCUGACGUACAUGGACCACCACGAACAGAAGUGCUGGUUGGACCCCACCAAGGAAAUCAAGAGACAAAUCCGCAGUAACAACUGGCAGUUUGCAUUCAACGUCAAGUUCUACCCACCUGAUCCCUCGCUGCUCACCGAAGACAUCACAAGGUACCUGUUGUGUCUGCAGCUCCGCGAAGACGUGGCAUCCGGUCGCCUGCCUUGCUCGUUUGUCACUCACGCUCUCCUGGGCUCGUACACACUGCAGGCGGAGUUUGGUGACUACGAACCUGAGCAGCCUCGGCCUCUGGAUUACAUCAGCCAGCUGAGUUUUGCCCCCAAUCAGAGCAAAGAGAUGGAAGAGAAGAUGUUGGAGUUACACAAGUCCCACAAGGGAAUGACACCAGCACAGGCCGACACACAGUUUCUAGAAAACGCCAAGAAGUUGUCCAUGUACGGGGUGGACUUGCACCAUGCUAAGGAUUCUGAGGGCGUGGACAUCAUGCUAGGAGUGUGCGCCAACGGACUCUUGGUCUUCAAGGACCGGCUGCGGAUAAAUCGCUUUGCUUGGCCCAAGAUCCUCAAGAUUUCCUACAAGAGGAACAACUUCUACAUCAAGAUCAGACCUGGAGAGACGGAGCAAUUUGAGAGCACCGUGGGAUUCAAACUCCAAAAUCAUCGCUCCGCCAAACGGCUGUGGAAAGUCUGUGUCGAGAACCACAGCUUCUUCAGGCUGAACGCCCCAGAGCCGCCCUCCACUCCGCGCUUUUUGACUCUGGGCUCCAAAUUCCGUUACAGCGGACGCACGCAGACCCAAACCCGCCUGGCCAGCACCCUCAUAGAUCGGCCUGCUCCCGCUUUCGAGCGCACGUCGUCGAAACGCAUCAGCCGCAGUUUAGACGGAGCCCCAAUGAUCAGCAUCACAGAGGCCUCCACCACUGAGAACGGACACGAACCCCACCUGGAGCUCCACUCUGACUCCAAGGUUGAGCAGGCGAAUUCGAGCCUCGGCCGCGUGGAAGCCCCGCCCGCCCAGAGUCCGAUGAGAGUGCGUGUGGAUAAUAUUUAUGUGAGGCACAGUAAUUUGAUGUUAGAGGACCACAAUAAGACUCAAGACGAAGUACUGAAACACCAGGCUAGCAUUAGCGAGCUCAAGCGCUCUUUUAUGGAGGCGCCGCCUCCCUCCCCUCCGCAGCACAACUUGUGGGAGAAGCGCAUCACCUCCUCUCCUGCCACCACCCCGCGCGUUCAGCAGCCCGCAACGGUGCCUGUAACAGAUGCAGCAUCAACCGCAGCUUUCGCAGCAGAUAACAGCGACACCAAAGAACCCAUUAAGACGACGGAAGUUGAAAUUGAAGAAACUGUUGUGGUGCGAGAGAUUUCCACCAAACCCGUCGUCCCGGACGAGCACGCGCAGGGAGCGGAAGAGGCCGCGCAGAAGAAGAAGAUGAAGCAGCAGCGCGAGAGCGUUUCGUCGGAGAGCGAAAGCGAGGACGAGGCGGAAUAUCACCCCAACGUGUCCGUGUCCAUCUCCCACACUCAAAUUCCAGAGGAGAAAGAGGAGGAGGAAGAGCAGGAGAAGUUGACGGAGGUUAGCCAGACCGCCCAAUCUGGAAAACCAGAGGAAGAGAAGAAAAAAGUAGAAGAAGCCACAGUGACACCCGGCGAAGCUCCCAAUGGUCCAACCCAGCACGCGGAGGCCGACGCCCGGCCAGUGGCUCCCGUACACGAAGAGGAAGUGCCCAAAGUGAACGGCGAGGCCACGGUGGUGGACGCACGUCCGCAGGUUAUUUGUUGCUCUCAGCCCCCCGUGGUUAAGACAGAAAUGGUGACAAUAUCGGACACGUUUGCGGCGCAGAAGACCGAGAUUGCGACCAAGGAAGUGCCCAUCGUGCACACGGAAACCAAGACCAUCACAUACGAGGCCGCACAGCUGGACGGAAGCGGCGAUGGAGAGCCCGGAGUUCUGAUGACGGCUCAGACAAUCACCUCGGAAUCUUUAUGCACCACCACCACCACGCACAUCACCAAGACGUUAAAGGGCGGCCUGUCGGAGACAAGGAUCGAGAAGCGCAUCGUCAUCACCGGCGACUGUGACAUCGACCACGACGAGGCUCUGGCCCAGGCCAUUAAGGAGGCCAAAGAGCAACAUCCUGACAUGUCUGUCACCAGAGUGGUCGUUCAUAAAGAGACCGAACUGGCUGAAGAGGACGAUUGACGCAACUCAGAGCUGAAAGGUCCGUCGGAGAUGUCAAGAACCUCUCAGCCUCCCGCAACCACUGUCCUGGACCUUGACUGACCGAAGAGGCGCAAGAAGAAGACAACCAAGACACCACCCGCCCCAAAAAAUAACAAUCAAGAAAAUAAUAACGCACUCCGAGGGAGCAAAAGAACCACAUUGUUAGCUUAACAUUCGUAGCAUGUUUUUACUUAUUUUUUGAUGUUUUUCCAUAGUGCUUUUAUUAUUAUAAUUUUUAUUUUUAUUUUUGGACGUAAAUGAGACAAUAAUACAAAGAUGGGGUGCUUUUAUAAGUCAUGAAAAAUUAUCAUUUAUUAAACUAGACACUAAAGUUUCACAUUUUGGGAAAGGUUUAGUAUCAGCCUGUCCCCUGUCUUGGUGGGGGGGAAAAGCUACAUCAUCUAAAAUAUUAUUUUUUUUAAAAAGCGUCUCACUUUUUUUUUUUUAAUGUUCAUAACACAAUAUCUUCCCACCCCUGCUCUAAUGUGAAUAGUGCGGCGCCUUCCCUCACAUCAAGAAACAUAAUCAUAACCCAAACCAAAACACUCACAUACUAAUGGUACAAACAAGUGGUGACAUAUACCAACCACUCGUUUUCAUUCCUCAAAGUUUCUUCCGGUUUUCAGUCCUCACUUUCAAAGAAAAAAAAUAAGCCGUAAAAAGAACAUACACUUGAUAAAAAGCUUUCAAUCUGUUGUUUUUAUACUAAAUGUGAACGGGUUUAGGCUACAACUGACUUAUCUACAGAUAAUAAGGUGAUAGCAGACACAACUUUUCCUGUACAAGUGAAGAGGGUGCAGGCUUAAUUGGGAGAUUUUUUUCAUUUUAUUUUAAAGUUGUUUUAAUGUGAAAGCACAUCUUGUGGACAUGAAGGUAUCGCAACGUGAGUUUGUAAGCAUCGAGAUGACAUCCACGUAGAGUUUAUGUAGGUUAGGCUCAUUAAAGAUGGCUACGGACAGGUUGUGCAGUUCUUCGGAACACGCUGAUCUUUGGAGGCAACAGAGAAUGAGUAUAGGAUGAUUUGAGAUGCCCGAUGUGAAAUUUUCAACAGCAGCGGCAUUGUGUCGGAUAAAUGUUUUUAAAAAAAACAUUCCACCUGCCUAGACUGGAAACUUUUUAAAAAUUGGAUUUGUUCAAAUUGAUACCCUUUUCCACACCAAAUCUUCUAAAAGGUUAAAUAUUUUAAUCCAAUGUUUAUUUUUUAAACAAUGGAGUUUUCUUUAAAAACACUGGUCUUAACUGCGAUGUACUGUCAUGACAUUCCACCGGAGGUAGAAGCCGGAAAUAUUGAUUUCUCACUUCUGUCUUUUUUUAUGCAUAUGAUGUCACAACUCUAUCUGUAGCUUUACUCUGCCCACAUUUGAUUUUCUCUGUGACUAUGUGGUCCAUUUUUUUUCAUUUUUGUAAUGUUGCGGAGCGGAUUUUUCUUUUUCUUUUUGGGAAUUAAACCCCACAACAAUUGACAUGUUUCACUCUGAGUUGCAGGUUGCAGUAUAAAUGGAGCAGUGGGGCUGCAAAUUCAAUUCCUGGGAAUUUUGUAUUUGAGCUACCAAGAUUCCCGAAACCAACGCAGUGUCGCAGUCACUUAAUGCUGCCUUAAUACACACACACGUGUGUGUCAGUUACGUGUGUGGGGGUGUAUUCGAUUUGCCAUCAUUUAUUCGGACCAGCUGCAGCGUUAUUUUGUGCCCCUCAGCCC